AUGAAGACCACCACUGCUCUUUUGGCACUUGCUGCCGUUGCAGAGGGUUCCCCUCUAUUCACCAAGCGUGACGACGAUGAUGUCUUUUCAGACAAGAGAAAAAUGUGUAAAGGCUGGGAUCUGAGAACUGCUGAGGGCGUCGAAGAGCUUUGGAAAAAGACUGAAGCUGGAAUCGAUCUUGAACUGUUCAUCAACGGUCAUCCUGAGCACCAAAACAACUGGCUCAAGAAUCUUGAAGAUCGAGUCAUGGGCGGCACCGACGGCAAGUCCGGUGCAAGCGGUUGUGGCCUCAUUGGGACAUCUUGCAACCCCAUGGGUGGCAUCGGCUGCGAAGCGCAGUUCGAGAAAUACGGCACGACAUUCAUCAACAAGAACUCGUACUGGAUCUUCCCGUCUGUCAAGGGCAUGCACGGCAAAUUCGCUGAGCUGCACCGCCAGCUGACCACCGAGACUCUUAUCAACGGCCUCAAGAUUCCCAAGAUGAUAGAGGAGAUGAGAAAAGCCCUGCUCAGAUGA